AAACCUUUUCUUCAAUCCGUGAAUUGAAAACGUAUAUAUAUAACUUGAGUGUACCAUUCUAGUAUGUCUUUGUGGGUGGACAAGUAUAGACCAAAGACCUUGGACCAAUUGUCAUUUCAUGAUUCUAUUUCGCAGAACUUGAGGGCUUUGGCCAGAUCUGGGGAUUUUCCUCAUUUGUUGAUAUAUGGACCCAGUGGAGCUGGGAAAAAGACAAGAAUAUACGCGACUUUGAACGAAAUAUUUGGUUCUCAGGUGGAGAAAUUGAAGAUCGACGUCAAGACUUUUGUAACUUCUUCCAACAGAAAGAUGGAAUUCAAUGUAUUGAGUUCGGCCUAUCACUUGGAGAUCACCCCUUCUGAUAUGGGCAACAACGAUCGUGUGGUGAUCCUGGAUUUAUUAAAGGAUGUCGCUUCUACCGAACAGGUUGAUUUCAGCCACCAGAAUACUUCAAAGACCAAGCAUAGAUUUAAAGUUGUGGUGAUAAAUGAGGCUGAUUCACUUAGUAGAGAUGCCCAGGCUGCCUUAAGAAGAACAAUGGAAAAGUACUCGUCUAACAUAAGAUUGAUACUUGUAUGUAAUUCGAUCUCCAACAUCAUUCCUCCCAUAAAAUCGAGAACGUUAUUGGUCAGAAUACCCAGUCCCAGCACUACAGCAAUUUCCCUGAUAUUGGGGCAGGUGGCCAAGAAGGAAGGAAUCAAAUUCAGCUCGUCCAACGAACUUGAUAUUCAAAAGUAUUUGGUAACUCUUGCUGAUACAGCUAAUCGAAACUUGAGAAAAGCACUUUUAAGUUUUGAGACCGUCGCCAUGCAAAACGAAACUAUACAGCUUGACAACAAAACGUUGACGAUUGUCACCUUGGACUGGGAAGAAAUCAUCAAGAACAUGUCCAACACUAUUAGAAUCAACCGUAACGUCGCUACCUUGGCCAGUGUUCGAGUGGUUUUGUACGAAUUACUUGCUCAUUGUAUCCCUCCAAGAAUAAUAUUGAAGACAUUAAUGUUCAAUUUGAUCAAGAAUUUCAAGGACGACGCUGUCAUUAGCCAGUUGGUUGAUUUAGGAUCUGUGUUUGACGAAAGAUUGAGUCUUGGGCUGAAAAGCAUCUUUCACUUGGAAGGGUUUGUGGCUAAAUCGAUGGUGGUGAUCGACAGCAACUAAUCACAAGUCACAAUUGUAUACUAUUCUUAUCAUCGUGAUCAUCAUCGCAUAUAUUUUAUCAUUAUAUAUCACACUUGAAAACAAUUAAUAAAAGAGAAGAAAAAUGU